AUGGAGCAACGCACGGAGGUGAUCCUGCUCCUCCUCGCCGUCGUCGUCGCCGCGCUCCCGGCGCCGUCGCACGGCUGGGGCGUCGACGGCCACCUCAUCAUCUGCCAGAUCGCGCAGGGCCGGCUGAGCGACGCGGCGACGAAGGCCGUGAACGACCUGCUGCCGUCGGACGCCAGCGGCAACCUGAGCAGCCUGUGCUCCUGGGCCGACAAAGUCCGGUUCAGGUACCACUGGUCCGCGCCGCUGCACUUCAUCGACACCCCCGACAACCUCUGCACCUACAACUACGACAGGGACUGCAAGGAUGAGGAGGGCGUGAAAGACCGCUGUGUCGCCGGCGCCAUCAACAACUACACCUCCCAGCUCCUCACCUACGCACCAUCAUCAUCUUCUUCUUCCCGUCAAUAUAACCUGACGGAGGCACUUCUGUUCCUCUCGCACUUCAUAGGAGACGUCCACCAGCCACUGCACGUCGGAUUCAGCUCUGACAGAGGAGGCAACACCAUCGACGUCCACUGGUACAGGAGGAAGACCGUGCUGCACCAUGUCUGGGACGUGAAUAUCAUCGAGACGGCAGAAAAGGACUACUAUGAUCAAGGAACGGACGAAUUCGUCGACGCUCUGAACAAGAACAUAACGGGAGAGUGGUCAGGGAAAGUGCGGGGGUGGGAAGAGUGCAGCAAGAACCUGACGGCGUGUCCUGAUAUAUAUGCGUCUGAGGGCAUCACUGCAGCAUGUGACUGGGCAUACAAGAAUGUGACGGAAGAUUCAACUCUAUCAGAUGACUAUUUUGAUAGCAGGCUGCCAGUUGUCAACUUGAGGCUGGCCCAAGGCGGCGUCCGAUUAGCCGCUACACUCAAUAGAAUAUUUGGGCACAAGGCCAAGUGAUCUUUUUUUAAGGUUGCCUAGUGAUUCUUUGUACUUGGCACAUUAUAUGCGGGGUGAUUUUGUAUUCUUCAUUUUUCAUGGUAAUAAAGUUGAAUGCAUCCCUUUCUAUA